CUUAAAACAAAACGGUCAUAAAUUAAAUAGCGGUGACCAUUUUAUACAAUUUCAAAGUUUUGUUACCGUAUUGUUACAAAUUAAAGGUUUGUGACCAUUUUGUACUAAGUGCAAAGGUUUGUUACCAUUUAUACUAAUUACCCCAAAUGUCCAUCCCUCUCUUCCAGCGGAUCCUCCACUUUCUAUUCCGUUUCAUCGCACAUCCGAAGACAAACUUACAGCUCAUCACUCUCUCUUCUCUUCCUCCCUUUGCUUUGCUUCCUUCACAGCCUUUGCUUUGCUCUCUGGUUUUCCUUUCCCCAUAUUCCCCUUUCUUCCUUUCUUUCCCCUCGCUCAGAAACAUUCGCCGCAAAGCACUCCUCCCCCUUCCACCGGCCGGCGACCCAAAUGCCUCCUCCUUCCCCUCCAACCAUCUGAAACCCUACAAUUACUGCUGAUUGCCGGAACAGCAACUAAUUGCCGGAGGGGGACAAAUAAGAGAGGGACGGCGAGACUGUAAGUAGUGAAUAAAACAAGCCAAUAAUGUCUCUGUACGACGCUGCAUUCUUGAACACUGAACUCUCGAAGCCUACUUCCAUCUUCGGCCUCCGCCUGUGGGUGGUGAUUGGAAUCCUUCUGGGCUCACUGAUAGUCCUCGCCCUCUUCCUCCUCUCCCUCUGCCUAACUUCUCGCCGCAAAAGCCGGAAACGCCCCAAACUCGCCGAGCCCACUCCGCCCGUUUCUAAAGAAAUCCAGGAGAUUGUUCAGUUCCCAGCACAUGAUCACCACCACCACCACCACCACCACGCGGCGCCGGUCCCUGAGAUUCAGGUGGAGAUCGGCAAGAUCGAGCAUCGGGUCGUGUUCUCCGACAGAGCUUCCAGCGGGGAGAGCAGAGCCACCGCCAGCGGCGGGGAGACGGCGUCUUUUGGAAGCGGGAGCGUUGGGCCGGAGGUUUCUCAUCUCGGGUGGGGGCGGUGGUACACGCUGAGGGAGCUGGAGAUUGCGACGGAUGGGCUUUGUGAGGAGAAUGUGAUUGGGGAAGGUGGGUAUGGGAUUGUCUAUCGUGGGAUUUUGGGCGACGGCACCAAAGUUGCUGUGAAGAACUUGCUCAAUAACAGGGGUCAAGCUGAGAAGGAGUUCAAGGUGGAGGUGGAGGCGAUUGGAAGGGUGAGGCAUAAGAAUCUUGUGAGAUUGCUUGGAUACUGUGUUGAGGGUGCUUAUAGGAUGCUUGUUUAUGAAUAUGUUGACAAUGGUAAUCUGGACCAAUGGCUUCAUGGUGAUGUUGGUUUAGUGAGCCCUCUCAAAUGGGAUGUUCGUGUGAAUAUUAUACUUGGGAUGGCGAAAGGAUUGGCUUAUCUUCAUGAGGGUCUUGAACCAAAGGUUGUCCAUCGAGACAUAAAAUCCAGCAACAUACUCCUGGAUCACAAUUUGCACCCAAAGGUUUCUGAUUUUGGGCUCGCCAAACUCUUAUGCUCCGAGAGCAGUUACGUCACCACUCGUGUGAUGGGAACCUUUGGUUAUGUAGCACCGGAGUAUGCUUGCACUGGAAUGCUGAAUGAAAAAAGUGACGUUUAUAGCUUUGGCAUACUUGUAAUGGAGAUAAUUUCUGGGAGAAGCCCUGUGGAUUACAGUCGUCCACAAGGAGAGGUGAAUCUGGUGGAGUGGCUAAAAACCAUGGUUGGGAACCGAAAAUCGGAGGAAGUAGUGGAUCCUAAGUUGCCGGAAAUGCCAGCUUCGAAAGCCCUGAAGCGGGUACUCUUGGUUGCUCUUCGAUGUGUGGAUCCUGAUGCUACGAAAAGACCCAAAAUGGGGCAUGUGAUUCACAUGCUUGAAGCGGAUGAUGUACUAUUUCGUGAUGAGCGUCGAAUCGGAAAAGAAGGACAAGCAGCAGCAGGAAAUAAGUCUCGUGGGAAACUAGGAGAUGUGGUUUCUGAUAAAAGCGAAGAAGAGGGUAGCAGUAGGAAUCAGCAGCAGCAAAGCAGAUGUGGACAUUUGAAAAUGAGUCGCUCACAGGAUCCACACCGACCCUUUUUCCCCUUUGGAAAUCCUUUCCGGAUGAUAUCGCCAAAGGGCUCGCAGAUGUCUCCAAGACUUGUUUCUGUACUGAAUAGCUUUGAGGAAACCUUGGCAGAGAGGCUGAGCAAACUUAUUCCAGAAGACAAGGGUGAUGUUCUGAGUCUGACAUGGAUGAUAUCAGCCAUGGAAUCCCUCUGUGAGACUCAUACCGACAUUAAAACCCUCAUCACCGAUCUCGAGCUUCCAGUCACAGAUUGGGAUCAGAAGUGGAUUGAUGUCUAUUUGGACGUCAGUGUGAGGUUGCUUGAUAUUUGCAUUGCUCUAAGCUCUGAGAUCUCGAGGCUUAACCAAGGCCAUCUCUUGCUUCAGUGUGUCUUGCAUAAUUUGGAAUCAGGGAUCCCUGAGCGUUAUAUGAAAGCACGUUCGUCCCUUGAUAACUGGAGACAUCAUAUUUGCUCUAAGAACCCUAGAGUUCAGAGUUGUGGCUCCAUCUUAGACAGUCUUGUCGAGACAUUGGAUCUUCCCAAGGUGAAGAAUUCCGCCAAGGGGAAGGUCCUGAUGCGUGCCAUGUAUGGUGUCAAGGCGGAGACAAUAUUCAUCUGCAGCGUGUUUGCUUCUGCCUUUUCCAGCUCGUCAAAGAAUCUCUUGGAUUUAACUAUCCCAGAUACAGUCUUGUGGAAUCGUGCUUUUUCCGAUUUGCAAACAAGAGUGAAUGGGGAAAUCAGAGAGACAUUCUCAUCUGGAAAAUUUACUGCUCUGAAAGAGCUGGAGUCUGUUGAUUCUAUUGUGAAGGCCCUGUAUCCUGCUAUUCAAGAUGGGGUGCAGCAACCUCCUGAGGUGGAGGAGGAAGCCAUGAAGAUUUGCUUCACCGAGUUGCUGGGUGGAGCUGAGAAGCUAUCGAAAGGCCUGGAUCUCCUUGCUAAACAAGUGGACACCUUCUUCAAAAUAGUUUUAAGUGGUCGUGAUGCUUUGCUUUGUAAUCUAAGAGUUUCGAGUACCGAAACAAAUGCUGUGACGACGGCUGCUUGGAGCGAGAAGUUCAGAAGUGAGUUAAAAGAGUACUCGAGUAUGUCGACGGAGACUAGCACAGGCGAGCACAGCAUCAGAGGAGCGCCGACUCACGGCGGUCGAUACGUCCAGUAUAAUGUGUACGGGAACCUCUUCGAGGUCUCCAGGAAGUACGUCCCUCCGAUUCGCCCCGUAGGUCGAGGUGCUUACGGUAUCGUCUGUGCUGCGAUGAAUUCAGAGACAAGAGAGGAAGUGGCCAUAAAGAAGAUUGGCAAUGCGUUUGACAACCGUAUAGAUGCCAAAAGGACCUUGCGAGAAAUUAAGCUUCUGCGACACAUGGAUCAUGAGAAUAUUAUUGCCAUCAAAGACAUAAUUAGGCCUCCUCAAAAGGAGAACUUCAAUGAUGUUUACAUCGUUUACGAGUUGAUGGACACAGAUCUUCAUCAAAUUAUCCGCUCCAACCAAUCAUUGACAGAUGAUCAUUGUCGUUAUUUUCUGUAUCAAGUUCUGAGAGGACUCAAAUAUGUUCAUUCAGCACAUGUUCUGCAUCGUGAUUUGAAGCCCAGCAACUUGCUUUUGAAUUCCAACUGCGACCUGAAGAUUGCAGACUUUGGGCUUGCCAGGACGACUUCAGAGACAGAUUUCAUGACCGAGUAUGUUGUUACUCGCUGGUAUCGAGCACCUGAGUUACUCCUUAAUUGUUCAGAGUACACCGCAGCUAUUGAUAUAUGGUCAGUGGGUUGCAUACUCGGCGAAAUCAUGACCCGUCAACCUUUGUUCCCUGGCAGAGACUAUGUUCAUCAGCUGAGACUUAUCACAGAGCUCAUAGGUUCCCCUGACGACAUGAGCCUGGGUUUCCUACGAAGUGAUAAUGCUCGAAGAUACGUGAGACAGCUUCCACAAUACCCUAAGCAAAAUUUUGCAGCUCGAUUUCCUAACUCAUCUGCUGGUGCUGUUGAUUUAUUAGAGAAGAUGCUUGUAUUUGAUCCAAACAGACGCAUAACAGUGGACGAGGCUCUAUGCCACCCGUACUUGGCACCUCUUCACGAUAUCAACGAGGAGCCAGUUUGUCCAAGGCCCUUCGUUUUCGAUUUUGAGCAGCCAUCAUUCACUGAGGAGAACAUAAAGGAGCUCAUCUGGAGAGAAUCUGCAAGAUUCAACCCAGACGCAUGAGAAAAUGUCGUGCGGCGGUGGUAAUCGCACAAUACGGACAGAAGUUGUUAAUGAUUCUGGAUUAUGUCCCAAGUACACCCAUCAGUUGGCUUCCCACUUUAACUCAGCAGGAUUGUUGUUUGUUGUGCAUGAAGAAGGUCAACCAUAAUUUGACUUGGUAUGCAGUAUCAUUGGUGUGUAUAAACUGACAUUGCGCGCGCGGUGCAACGGAGGAUGUAUCUGCAGGCAUUAGUUUCGUAGAAAGCCAAAGCUCCCUUUGCUGUUAGAAGAUUGUUUAUGCUUCUGAUGUAGAACAUGUUCCAUGCGAAGUAGACAGCUAGUAACCUGCAACGAACUGUCUCAGAACGAGUGGCGGGGUUUUGUGUAUUGUUGCAAUAAUGGAGAUGAUAUUCUCAGGACUUUCAUUUCUCUCCCUUUUUCUGUUUAAGUAUAUCUGCUACUCUUAAUACAAACAGCAGAGUGCAGAUUAAGCUACAGCUUCGAUACAGGGAGAUACUUGGAACAAAACUAUGCUUAUCC